CAGUAUGCAACUACCAAUCGAGCAUUUCACUCGUCUUGUGGCGUCGCGGCGCUCUCAUAUGUCAGUCUAUGUUUGUUCGACCGUCAGCAAAGACGUAACGCGUGUUAACGCAAACCGCGAAAAUAUAUUUUAAACAAUGGAGACUAUCGAAGACUAAAGUAGUUCGGCGAAGAAAAGAUUUUCAACGGAAAGAUAACACGAACACAUAUAAUCUCAAAGAUCCUUAUUUCAAAAACUGAUUCGUUUCCGUGACUGCGGUCAAUGACAUCUCGACAACAGCUGUGAAGAUUACGCUGUUUCACUUGUUGAAAAAAGAUACAGAUAACUGAGUAUAGAAUAAAGUGUAUAAAUCAAUGCCACAUGAAGUCAGUAAAAUAAGUUUUUAAAAAUUUAUAUCUCGUGAGACUUCAAAAAUUAAAAUGAUAACCGUACCGAUAUCAGCCUCUAGUCCCUAUAUGAAGGUCACAUCCUACAGCGACACCAGUACAAUUGUCAAAAAACCCUUGAUUCAACAGUUUUUAAAAGACAUGAAGGAACAUUCGGCAGCUCAGCGAAUGGAGAGAGAUAAGGAUGUGCCGCAGCGAUCACAAAGCAGCGCGGCUAGUUUGACGUCUAUAGGUGCCGAUAUAUCUCCCAGUUCUUCCCAAUUUUUUGAGGUAUUCUACGUUGGCAAAAUUAAAGUAUCACAUUCAAAAGUACCAGAAUCUUUCAUUGAUGAUGCUUUAAUAAAGUUUCGUCUUCAUGGACUCGAAAAAUCCAGGUCUUCGACGAGCAAUCUUCUGUCAGAUUGUCAACGGUUAAAACGCCAAGCUUUGAUGUCUUCCAUUAAUAGAAGAAAUAGUACGGAAUCUACCGCUAGUGAAUCAGGCAGUAUCGAGAACAUGUCGGGAAACAGUAUAAGUCCAAACGUGAAUCCGUUUGGAGUUCCGCCAGUUUUAAGCAGCUCCGUGGAAACUUUUCCAAGAACAACCGCCAAUACCGUAGAAAAUGACAAUCGUGAUGGAAAUCAAAUGUCCGAAUCUUCCGCUAAUUCUAAUAUCACUGUACCUGAAGUUAUGCGAAAUCGUGCGGCGUCUACCGGCAGCGUUUUAGGCGGCAGGAGAGAUUCCACGGUUAAAGAAAACGAUGAUCAUAAUCGUACUAUGCUUUUUCAAGUAGGACGAUUUGAUUUGAGAUUGAUUAGCCCGGACAGAAAGCAGGUUCUUUUGCACAAACAAUUAAAGGACAUAGCCAGUUGUGCGCAAGGUGUGAAAAAUUCGGAUCACUUUGGAUUUAUAUGCAAAGAACCAGAAUGCUUCAUUGGAUAUGUCUUCAAAUGUCAAUCCGGAUCAGUCGCAGAUGAUCUUGUUGCAGCAAUUAGCCAAGCUUUUGUUACAACUUGCAACAUCACGAGAAAAGAGAAGUAUCCUGUAUUUUCUUGCGAUCAUUGCCCUAUGUAUUGGUACAAUAAACUAUGUCAAGAAAUCGAAGGCCAAAAUGAUAAAAAAGUGCAGAGUAUUAUCUUAUCACGUAUGGAAUUAUUACCGGAGGAUGAGCAGGAGAUUGUUGUGAGCAAGUAUAAGAGCGCCGAAGCUGCGGGUAACAUUGGUACAAGCUCUGCGAGUCAAAAUCAAUUCCUAAUGCGACUGUUGCGUGCGCAUUGCGAAUUAAAACAAGCUAGACAUGUUCACGAUACAGCUGAAAAUAGGAGUGAAUUUCUCAAUCAAUAUCUAGGCGUCGGCGUUGGUAGUACGAUUUUUAUGAAGGCGAAACGUUCUCUCACGAAUAGCUUUGACAAUCUUAUGAAGAGAAAAGGUUCACGUGAUGAUUUUGGUAUGGGACCACAAUUACGGGAUUCGAAUCAUCUGAAUGCGGGAAUACAAAAGAAUGGUAGUCAAAGUCCAGAUAACUCGAGGCAGUCAUCUCUACUGGACAUCUCACCAGAAUCGAGUAGACCGAGAUCAUUGCGUGUCUCGCCUGAACAGCAGAUAGUUAUAAAUAACGGAUCAAAGAGUUCUAUGAUGGACAUCUUUUUAAAAGUUGGUAACUCACCAAAAACAUCUCCUACGGAAACCGACGGAAACAAUACAUUACAAGCCAAUAGUUCGUGGCGACAAACAAUACUAAACAGAGUCGUGACGCCAAGUAAAGAUCAUAACACCACAGAAAUUGAAAAAGUUAAUAUUAUCAAAAGUUUAGAAACGCCCGUUAAACGUAAAACGAAACAAGAAUUGCGAGACUUGUGGAAGAAAGCGAUUAAUCAACAACUAAUACUCAUAAGAAUGGAAAAAGAGAACGCAAAGCUUAAAGAACGUCAAGAAGAGGCAACGGUAAAAAGAAUUAAACUGGAAUAUGACGAACUUAGUAGCUGUGCACGUGAAGUAGUAGAAGUUUGGGAUCUCCUUGUUAGCAAAGAAUCGCGAGUCUCUACUAAAUGUGAUAAUCAAAUGCUUUUACACGCUAUUAAACAAGGUGUACCGAAAGGAAAGCGAGGUGAGGUUUGGCAAUUUCUAGCCGAACAAUUCUGCUUAAAACAACCACCUAUAGAUACUCAACAUUUUCCAAAUUAUAAUACACCCUAUGAAUUGCUUUUGAAGCAACUCACAUCUCAACAGCAUGCCAUUCUUAUUGAUCUGGGGAGAACAUUCCCGAGUCAUCCGUAUUUUAGCUCACCCUUGGGACCUGGUCAAUUAGCGCUCUUCAAUUUAUUGAAAGCUUAUUCUCUAUUGGAUCACGAAGUCGGUUAUUGUCAAGGCCUUAGUUUUGUCGCCGGGGUACUUUUGUUACAUAUGGCAGAGGAUCAAGCCUUUUUCUUAUUACGACAUUUGAUGUUUCGCCGAGGACUUAGAAAAUUGUAUUUGCCAGAUAUGGCAGCAUUGCAAUUGCACUUGUAUCAGCUCUCAAGACUAUUACAUGACCGCUUACCAACAAUUUACAAUCAUUUUGACAAACAUGAAGUUUCACCUACAUUAUAUGCUGCUCCAUGGUUGUUAACCUUGUUUGCCAGCCAAUUUCCUUUAGGUUUUGUGACCAGAGUUUUUGAUUUGCUUUUUUUGGAGAAUUCUGAAGUCCUUUUCCGUGUAUCGGUUGCGCUAUUAGAAGAACAUCAAGACCAAUUGUUAUGCUGCGAUAGCUUUGAAGAAAUUAUGGAAUAUCUCAAGACACGUGUGCCAGCAGUGGACAAACAAAGCUUGGAUCGCAUAAUGAAACGUGUAUUUUAUCCUGAUUUUGAGAUCUCAAAACAAUUGAAUGAAUACAGGGUGGAAUACCAAGUGCUUCAAGAAGAAAUGAUUUCAGUAAAGCCACAAAUGGAAAAUUUGGAGAAAUUUAAAUUACAGAACAAGCAACUCACACAGGAAGUUACACAACUUAGCGAACAACUUGAGAUUGCUAUGAGCAACUUGCAAAGGCUCGAAACGGCGCGCUCAAUGCAACAAGCGACUAUCCAUAGAUUCGAAUCUCAAAAUCGCAGUCUUGAAGUAACAGUAGCUACAUUAGGCGCGUUUAUUCAGCAGUUAGUAGAUACACGUACUGAUAUCGAAGUACCGGGCGAGGUUCGUCGGAUAAUUGCGCAACUGGGUAUGGUGGAGAAACGACGAAACGCAGGCAUCAAAUCAUAUCCUCUAAAAGUUAUCGAGGAUAACAAAUACGGAAUGAUAAAAAGUAACUCGACUGGUAGAGAGUCCCAAAAUCUUUUCAGAAAUAAUAGCAUGGAUACACCAUAUCCCUUAAAAUCGACUUUGAGCCAACCCAAUCUAGCGACAAAAUUAGAGAAAGUUUCUUCAUUCUUUUCGAAUUCGCACAAUCAUAUACAAAAGCAACGCGCACAGUUAGCGGCUCUCAGAAAUGAACACUUGGAACAAACGAUAAGAGGCAAUAAUGAUGAGAAUGAUCCCAAGACGGUCAAUAUUGAUAUUCAAAUUACGGAUACUAUGAAUCUGGCAAACAAUCCUGCACCGCAAAACGAGAACAAUUUAAAGAUUCCGGCUACUAAUUUAGAGAAAUCGAUAUCAUUACCGUUGAAACUUAAGUUGAAAUCAUCAAAAUCUGCAUACGAAUUAGGAUCCGUAAAGAAAGUUCCCACCAGCAAGCUCGAAGUUACAAGCAAUGAUUCAUUAACGAAUCUAACAGGAACUGUACAUCCGCUCGACACUUGUAGUGACGUUAAUUUCCGAUAUGGCGGAACCACGAAAUUAAAGUGUAUCAAACCUAUUAGAUUAUCUAGUCCGAGUUGUCAGGAAGAUUGUACUAACGAAAAACAAAAACCUGAUCAAAGGACCUCCGAUCCUUUAAACAGAUAACAAUUGCUUUUGAAUACAUCUUCGAAGAGUAUUUUAUCAAAGAGAAUCUUCAUAAAAAAUAUGUAUUUAAAACGAUAUUGGUAAGUAGAGAACACUUAAUGUGAUCGUGUUUCUAUAUUUGACAACUCUGCGUUUUCGAAGAGAAAAAUUUCAAAACUGUAUAAUUUAUUUAAUUUGUUUAAUUAUGAAGAGAACAAUGUUUUUUAAUUUAUAUUGAGAUCUGAUAACAUUUUUUACAAUUUACGAGAAUUAGCCAAAGUGUAUUUGAUAUUACAUUUGCAAAUAUCGUAUGCAGAUAAAUAGUUGAUAGUGAAUCAUUUGCAAGUAAAUAAUUAAAUAAUCAAGUGUUUAUACGACCAAACUGGCAAGCUCAGUAUUCCAAACAUAGUGGUUGACACAAUGUCAGUUUGACAUUUCGAUUUUUCUCUUUCUACUUUUUAAUUAUAACUUUCACUUGAUAAGGACCAAAACCAUAUGGUCGAAACGUCGUGAUAGAAUAAUCAAACAAUAAAUUGCCAGUUUGGUCGUAUAAACACUUGUUUAUUAAUUUAUUUACUGGCGACAUUUUUAAAAUUAAACAUAAUAAAUAAUUAAAAUUAUACAUAAAGAUGCAUUAAGAAUGCAUUCAUAUCCAUAAAAUGAAACAAAUAUCGAAAUAAGGUACUAAAGAUAAUGUACGUAAUCAGUUUCAAAUUGCCAAAGAAAGUGCCAAACUUUCUCUGUGUUAGAAUAAACAUUUUAUAUAUAGAAAAAUAAAAACAAUUUUAAUUAUAUAGUUAUAUAUAUGUAUGCGCAUAUAAAUAUAUAUUGCAUACACGUGUAGAUGUAACUGUCAUUGAAAAAAAGAAAAAAGAAAAAAAAAAUUAUAUAUAUAUAUAUAUAUAUAUAUAUAUAUAUAUAUAUAUAUAUAUAUUUAUGAAAGCCAUUAAUAUAUGGCUGCUAUGCACUGUAAGAUUCAAGGAAUUAUGUAAGUAUUACUAUUUUUGCACAAAACAAGCCUUGUGAUAUCAGGGAUAGUUAACAAUAUAUGUACAUGUAUAUUUGCUGUUCUUUAUAGUGAAGUUUUACUAUCGUUGAUACGAAAAUAGCGUUAAUGACAUGUAGCAUUCAUAUCAAAAAUAUUGUACACUAGCAAACAAUGUUAAUCAAUCCUCAUAAAAGAAAUUUAAAAUUGCUAACAUUUGGACAGAUACUUAUGAAAUAGGAAUAUAUCUAUAAACAUGAUAAAAUUAUAUUUUGUAGUAUUCAAGUCUGUAAUAUUUUAUUAGUAAACUAAUAAUUAUUCUUUGUAACUGUAGAUAAGUGUAUCAAUUUGUAACAAAGGAAUAGAAGUAUAAUCAUAUUAUACGACGAAAAUAAAGAUAUUCUAUAUGUUCCAUUGUUUAUUGCUAUCAUAAAUGUUAGAUUAGAAUAGAUUAUAUUUUGUAUUGAUGUGAGUCAAGAAUUUAAUAUAUAGAUUUUAAGAA